AGGCCCAUCCGUGUGCAGCAGCACUUUCAGUAUGGGUGGCUGCAGAGAUAGAGCAACUCAUGCAAGACUGUGUGCUUCCUCUUACUUCCUGUAACGUAGCAAGGCUGAAGAAGUAAACCGCUUUUAUUAUUCGAACUCAUUUUCACUUUCUCAGCUGUAAUGUUUUCCCAGACUCUUUUUUCAACACUAUUUUGUCUUCCAGGACUCACAUGAAACAGUUUGUUAUGUGUUCGCAGCUGUGUGAAGAUCAGCGAGUGUGUGCUCUUAAACCAGAAAAACCUCAGAGUCACUGAGCUACACAUGUAAAGCUGAGAAAACUGCCAUAAAGCAUCAACUGCUGUAGAGCAUCCAAGCACUAGACUCCAUCUAACUAGGGCACGAUGAUCACUCUUGAUGGCAACACAAGUCAACAGUGUGACUAUGAUAUAAAAUUGGAACAACGUGCUGUAAAGCGCAGAAAUCUUGGGGAUCGAAACAACGUGACAACAUGCCGAAGUCCAACCAGAGAUGUGAAUACAAAAUGGAUUAAGAAUGAACUACACCGCAAAAGGCAGGAUGAAUUUUCAAAGAGAAGACCAGCUGACUGCAGUGUGAGCACUCUGUUAUCUCCACGGUCAAGACGUAAUUAUGCACAAGAGGGAGUUCGUGUGACGCAAAUGUCUAUGUCACACAGACCUCCAAAAAUCAGCCCAGUUAAGCAGUCAGUGUCCACUGCUUCACUGAAUAAUGAAAAUGCACUGAAGCAUGACAGUGUUGCAGCUGUCCUCGACUCACUUCGUCAGAGAAAAGCAAAGCAAGAACGAGGUCUCCUUAGAGACAUCACUCAGCUCACAAACAACCACAGGACACUACACACUGCUAGUGUGCAGACUGAGUCAGGCACCGCAACUGUUAAAGAUGAGGAUAUUCAGCAGUUGGCGACUUAUUUAGAGGAGGCGUUGUAUAGAGAGGAGGUUCUGAAAAAGAAGCUGACUGCCCUACAGAGGAGUACAUCAACACUGCUGCACUCCACUGAGCUGCUGUGGAAGACUCGCUGUGAUGAAGAUCUGCUGAAGAACAAGAUCAAGACACUGGAGGCUCAGCUACAGCUGUGCAUGAAGAGGGUUCCUCAGGAUGGACUAAAGAAGGCAGUAUUAAAGAUGGAGAAACAGAAGGAGGAGUAUGAAAAAAAGGCCUUGGAGGCCAUUCAGAAGGCAACAGAGGAGAAUUCAGAAGCACAGUGCAAACUGCAGAACCUGCAAGAGGCACUACAGGUGGCCCAGGCAGAGUCAGUGCGGUGGCAGAAGCUGUAUGAAGAGCUGAAAGAGAGCCACAACAAGCUGAGGAAGAGUCAGGAUCAGUGCACUGAUCAGCUCCAACAGCUACAGAGUCAGCUGCAGAGAUCCAAGGAGCAGGAGGAGUCACUGAGGGAGCAGUGUGAUAUUCUGCAGGAGGACGAGGCAGAGCUCCGCACCGCUGUUCUUCUGCUGGAGCAGGACAACCAGACCCUGAGAGAACAGCUAGAAAAAUUCACAGAAAACAGUCACGGAUCCUGGAAUAAUAUCACAGAAGUGCAUAAGCAGGGACAUGAGUCAUACCAGUUUGCCAGGAUGGAUAGCAGCAUCGCUGAGCAGCUCCACCAGACCGAGCAGAGGCUCAGCCUAAAGGACAAGGAGUGUGUGGAACUGAAGGCUGAGCUGGAGACCCUGGAGCAGGAGUGCUACAGUUAUCAGACUCGUCUGGCUCAGUGUCGGGAAGAGCUGAAUACACUAAGUGCUCGCAAUAGCAGAAGCACACAAAGGAGACGUUUCUGUGGCACACUGUGCUUGACUCUCUUCUUCAUGCUGAUGCUAAUUGCAGUAAUGGUCGCUGUCUGGAUCUACCGUCCAUCAGUCAGGGAGCAGCUCCGUGAAUUUUACUCUGUAGUGGAGGAGAGAGUGGAGGACUAUCUAAUGCAGGCAGCAUCCACACAACAUGCGGGCUGCUUGAGACCUGUCUGAGAGAGACACCAUCACAUUCACAUGUGUAUUAGGUUUAGGUUGAUAUUUAUUGGUUGUAUAUCAUAUAUUUAUAUAACAUAUAUUUAUUAUGAUAUGAGCCAAAAUACACCAUAAAUAAUGCUAGUAAAAAAUGUUGCACAAUGUGUGUAGUUUGUAGAAUAGAUUAUGGAGUUAUGAACUUGUACCCAUAGUCCAAUAAACACAGCUUAUUUUUUAAAAAGUGAAAUGUUUUAUCCUAGUAAGGUUUCAAAGUGAGGCCAUUUAUUAUUCCUACGUAAUAAGGUUUACUUUGUAUUCAUGCUUUUUCUUAUCUUCAUCUUUAUCUGUACGUUCUAGAAGUAAAUGAUUUACACAAUCUCAAAAUAGUAUUGUUCCAUUUUAAGUUCAAAUGUACAGACUUUGGGUGAUUAAAAUUAAAAGACUUGAAUAAAAGCUGUGUACAGAAUUAAAAUAUGGUUUACUG